UGUGUGUGUGUGUGUGUGUGUGUGUGUGCGAGUGUGUGUGCGUCUGAAGGGUUUCGGAUUGGAGAUGCAUAAAGAAAGGGCAGUUUCGAGGAAGUGACGGACGACGCUCAGUGGUCUGGUCAGAGGAAGUUUGUUCGAUGCUUGUGUCGUGCUGUUGAAGGAAACUUUUCACUCCCGUGAGCGCCAGAAGCACCCGUGGAUCGGGACGGACGGAUCCAGCGCGGCGGAGGGAGCUUUUGUUUCCUCUCCACACUUAGCAGCACUGAGGAAUAACUUGAGGUCGGGAGAAAGAGGGGCUCGCACAGGAAUUUCACUCCCAUAACCAACCCCCCUCCCCUUUUUCCUUCUCUUCCCCGCGCCUCCUUUGAUUUCUUUCUGGGAUCCGCGAUGGGAAAGGAGCAGGAGCUUCUUGAAGCGGCGCGCACGGGAAACCUGGCUGCUGUGGAGAAGCUUUUAUCCGGGAAGCGACAGUCCGCUGGCGGAUCGUCUGGGACCGGUGGAAGCGGCAACAGCGGUGGCCACGGCGCCUCCUCUCAUCCGCUCUCCAGUCUGCUCAGUAUCUGGAGAGGCCCCAAUGUGAAUUGCGUGGACAGCACUGGAUACACCCCUCUUCACCACGCCGCCCUUAAUGGACACAGCGAGGUGGUGGAGGUGCUGCUAAGAAACGAGGCUCUGACUAACAUCGCAGACAACAAGGGCUGCUAUCCUCUCCAUCUGGCUGCGUGGAAGGGAGAUGAGCAUAUCGUAAAACUUCUCAUUCACCAAGGACCUUCACACCCCAAACUCAACGAGCAGAGCUCUGUAGACCAUAAAGAGUUCAAACGCUGUGGGCCCUUUGACCCCUAUAUUAAUGCCAAGAACAAUGACAACGAGACACCGCUGCACUGUGCUGCCCAGUACGGCCAUUCUCAGGUGGUGCGGCUGCUGCUGGAGGAACUCACUGAUCCCACCAUGAGGAAUAACAAGUUUGAGACUCCGCUGGACCUGGCGGCACUGUACGGCCGCCUGGAGGUUGUCAAACUGCUGCUCAGUGCCCAUCCUAAUCUGCUCAGCUGCAACACCAAGAAACACACACCACUACACCUGGCCUCUCGCAACGGACACCUACCCGUAGUGGAGGUGUUACUAGAUGCUGGAAUGGACAUUAACUAUGAGACAGAGAAAGGCAGUGCCCUCCAUGAAGCAGCUCUGUUUGGGAAGACUGAUGUGGUGCAGAAGCUUCUCUGUGCAGGUAUCGACGUGAACAUCGUCGACCAGAAGGGCCUGACAGCGCUGGACAUUGUCAAGGACAUGCCCUCUCAGAAAAGCAAACAGAUAGCUGCCCUGAUCCUUGGUCAUAUGACUGGAAAACCCCCUGAUAUUGACCUUCCCCCUCCACCAGUGCCUCCACCUCAGGAGAGCCCCAGCCCACGGAAAAAGGGUGACCUGGAGAAAGUCACUGAGCUAAUCUCGGGGUUGGCCCUGGGGCCCGAGGAGGAGAGCCCAUAUGAAGCUCUGUUUGAGGCCACUUCUUGCCACUCUUUAGACAGCCUCACCAGUGGGAAGUCCUCUGAUAGAGAUUCGGGAAGGCCUGACAGUGAAGCUGGAAAGAAAGAUCGCCUGGUUCUCUCGUCACAUCCUGGCCCUGGUAAUGAAGAGGAGGUGAGCUCAGAGGCCCUGUAUACGAGCAGCAGCGCUGAUGAGAAAAGGGAGCCAGUGGAGGAGGAGGAUCACACAUAUGAGUUGUUGCUGACUGCAGAGACAAAAAUCCCACCACCACCUAGCCAUGAGCCCCACUCAUAUAAAGAUGACAGUACCACUAUACAGUCUUCCAACAGUGUCCUACCUCAGCAUAAACCCUCUGCCCCAAACGACCUCAGAGCCCCAAGUAAGACGAAAGACACCUUGCACCCUCCAGGAAGAGUGGGCCCAGGGGCGCCGGGAGAUAACUCUCAGCUCAGCCAGGACCAGGAAGCAGGUGUACCAGAGCAGUUCACAGGCCUCCUACACGGAUCGUCUCCUGUCUUUGAGAGCCGUGAGGAGUCCUUCCGGCUUCCAGGUGUUCUGCCACCCAACCAAGACCAGCCAGAAACAAAAAAGAGGGCCAAAGCUAAAGAGGGAGUAACGGCAGCUGCACCGCCACCUAGCCGUCCUAGCAUGGCCGCCAUCCUGACAGACUGUGAUCCAAAAGCGAUUUAUGCUACUGUGAACAAGGAGCCCAGGGACUCUGUGGCUGGUGCUGUAUCUGCUGUCAAGAUGCGCCCUCCUGGGGACCUGAAGCUGGCACGCAGCCUGUCCAAGUCUGACUCAGACUUGCUCGUGUCGCCUCCUAAUGAAGAGGAAGGAGGAUUGGGAAACCGUAGCGAGUCUGUUUCUAACUGUAGCACGGCUAAGAAGAGACUUGAGAAAUCUCCCUCUUUCACCUCAGAAUGGGAUGAGCAGACCCCGGCGACUUCUGACACCCCAAAACAAAGAAGAUCUAAUUCCUCCGACAGCAUCGAGAAGAUGAUGACUAUGAUCGGUGCAGGCAUUGAUUUUUCCAGAGAUCAGCAAUACGCUACACCAGCAGGUGCUGCAGGCCGGCUGCUGGACCAGCCCGUGGGAGACUGGCUGGAGCAUGUGGGUCUGCCGCAGUACGAGAGCAAACUACUCCUGAAUGGAUUCGAUGACCUUCACUACAUGGGGAGCAAUGUAAUGGAGGACCAGGACUUGAAAGAGAUUGGAAUCACAGAUCCGAGCCACAGAAAGAAGAUCCUGCACGCAGCACGUUCCUUUCCAAAGGUGAAAGCGCUGGGCUGUGACGGCAGCAACUCCCUGUCCUCCUGGCUGGAGAAUCUGGGCCUGCAUGAGUACUUGCAAAACUUCCUGUCCAGCGGCUACCGCACUCUGGACUGCGUCAGAAACCUGUGGGAGCUGGAGAUUGUCAAUGUGCUAAAAAUUAGCCUACUUGGUCACAGGAAACGCAUCAUUGCUUCCUUAGCGGAGAGGCCUUAUGAAGAGCCUCCUGUCAAACCUCCUCGUUUGUCUCAGAUCAGGUGCCAAGACCUGCCUGGAUCCCAGACUUCAUCUCCCAUGAGUCAGAUGGAGCCCUACACAGGACGCUCAAUGGACCCUCUGCUGCCUGCAGGCGAGCCAGGGAGGAAAAAAGCACAAGAAAAUGACUAUGACGUUACCCAAAGAUAUCGCAGCGAACGACACAGGCCUCCUGAGCGACAUGAAGACUGGCAACGAGAGCCCCGCCUGACCUUGCGGCCACCUAGUCUAGCAGCACCGUACGCCCCGGUUCAGAACUGGCAUCACCAACCGGAGAAACUCAUCUUUGAAUCCUGCGCUUAUGAAGCUAAUUAUCUUGGUUCCAUGCUUAUUAAGGAACUAAGGGGUACGGAGUCCACGCAGGAUGCUUGUGCCAAAAUGCGGAGGUCAACAGAGCAAAUGAGAAAAGUCCCAACUAUCGUCCUUUCAAUCACAUACAAGGGUGUGAAGUUUAUCGACGCAGCCAACAAGAACAUCAUUGCAGAGCACGAGAUCCGUAACAUUUCUUGUGCAGCCCAGGACCCAGAGGACUUGUGCACAUUUGCCUACAUCACUAAGGACCUGCAGACCAGCCACCAUUACUGCCAUGUCUUCAGCACAGUAGAUGUGAACCUGACCUAUGAGAUUAUACUGACACUGGGCCAGGCGUUUGAGGUAGCGUAUCAGCUGGCUCUGCAGGCCCAGAGGACCAAACCGCACCAGAGCGUCCCAGCUGGAUCUGGAUCAGAGGUCAUUGAGACCAAGUCCAGCAAACCUGUGCCCAAACCACGAGGCAGCAUACGCAAAACAGCGGGGGACAUUGUGGACCAGGAAGGCGAUUCUCAGUCCCAGGGUAGUGCCACGUGGCUCAUGGACCCCAAGGAAUCCAAGCGCACUAUCAGCACUAAGCGACGGCCGCUCUGAGGCUUUUCACUCUGACGUUCCAACUCCUGACUUCAUCGAGUGCUGAGAAAUCUGAUUUUUACCACAGCCAAGAGUGACCCACUGCACACAUCCUGUACCUGGAUGGACAUGUUUCCUGAGUAAACUGUGAAACUGAUCCUGUAAUUCUAUGCAUCAGUCGGACUGUAGCAUGUUUAUGUUCGCAGGGAUGCAGGUGUUAUUGAGGUUAAAUAAGAUCAAUUAAGGGCAAGGCUUUUUUUUUUUUCUUCUUCUUCUUACGGUCAGCUGCCUGCUUAAAGCCAAAAGAGGCCAAGAUCCUAGCACUGUGAUAUGAUCCUUUUGAUGCUAAUGAAGUAAGCAUUUUGGGGUGGGGUUUCUAGAGAGGAUCAGAGGGACAGAAUAGGGCACAGAGGCAGACAUGGAUCUGCAUGUUAGUGGUCCUUGCUGCUCCAAACAGCUCAAACUAAUUCAAAACUGGCAUGCCCUCAACUAUCAGUCAGGAUUUAAACUCAAUGCUUCAUCUGGAGUGAACUAACUACACCUAAGCACUUUCAUAAAAUCCCCAAGUUUGAAAGAAUAAGUGCAUUUUCCUCUGUCUCUUUUUCUCCUUUCACAACAAAUGCCUUCAGUGUUCAUCCUGUCAGCAUUGCCUUUUUCCCCCCAGUCAUACCCGGUUAAUGUUUCACAGAUGCUUGGUGAAAAGAGUUAAUCAUUACGAAGGGCGUAAUCCAUCACUAUAGUGCUGUUUGUGUCUGUCGGUUUGACUUUAUUUUAACUCCACUGCUUUGUGUGCGUGUGUCUGUGUCCCUUC